GAUCGGUAUCUAUAAUAUUGCACAAUAUUACCACAAUACUGUACAAUUCAGUGUAUAAAACGUGCAACGAUGUACGUUUUUUAAAGUAGUGUAUUCGCAUCUUUCAGUCCUGUUACACGACCAAGUGUUAUUGCUUUAACAAUGUCCGGUGAACCUGUGCUUGAACAAAGUGGUGAAUUAGCACAAGAAACAGAACCAGAAGUUGUUGCGACUCGUAAUUAUACGAGCAUCGCAGAGAAAGAUGUAUGGUGGUACAUAGCGCGGUAUUCAAAAGAACAUAAAUAUUUUUAUGGAAAUACUGGUUACCGAUCGGCUCAAGCGUUUCGAACUCGGAGGGCACAACGUGGUAUUAUUUGGGAAAAUAAAUGGACACAAGCUUUAAGAACAAGCAUUGGUAAUAGCGACGAUGUUGGCGCAUUUCUUAACUUGACGAAUUCGUACCUGCUUGUUUGUGAUGGGGAGGAAUCAAACAACUUUUGCAAAGUCGCGCAGGAUGAUUUGCCUGACAUUCCUGUGGUGAAAACUUCACUGGCAGGCUGCAGAGUAAUAGGGCGUAUGUGUGUAGGGAAUAAAAAUGGACUGAUCGUACCUGAAACAACCUCCGACAUAGAGCUGCAACAUUUAAAACGUGAAUUGCCCGAUUCUGUUGAAGUUAGGACACUGGAAGACAGACUGUCUGCUUUAGGAAACGUGAUCGUGUGUAAUGAUAACGUUGCCUUGGUCCACCCAGACUUAGAUAAAGAAAGUGAAGAAAUUGUUGCAGACACAUUAAAAGUUGAAGUUUUUCGCCACUUGAUAGCCAAUAAUUCUUUAGUAGGUUCAUAUUGUGUCAUGAACAACAAUGGAGGCCUAGUUCAUAUAGAUGCAAGUAAAACUGAAUUGGAGGAUUUAUCGUCGCUUCUGCAGUUACAGUUAAUUGCUGGGACAGUUAAUGGUGGGAAUAAAACUGUGGCAUCAGGAUUAGUCGCAAAUGAUUGCAUUGCGUAUGCAGGAAUGAAAACAACAGGGAAAGAAUUUGCGUCUAUUGAAACAGCGUUACAGUUGAAAAUUCAUUAAUGUAUUUAAAUCGUUAUGUGAUAAUUUAUUAAGCUUGUGUUUACUUGGAAAUUUCAAAAAAUUGUUUGACGAAUAACUAGAGCACAACUUCUUGUACCCCUAUAAAAAGUUUCAGUUGAUUUGUACAAUUGGUUCUCAAAAUAUUCGUUUCCAUACAUUCUAACGACCUUGUAUAGAUAUUUCGAACUGAGGGCUUGUUUAAACCGUGACCUAUGUAU